AAGGUAAACUUGAUUGCAGUAAAGAAAAGCAGAGAGUGGAACACCAGAGUGUAGCAGCUGUAUCCUGACACAGAAGAUAAGGUGCCAGGGGGCUUGUGGAGCACUGCACACUGCUGUGUGAGACCUCAGCUCCCUGCUUGCUGCACUCUCAUCUACAUUAUACUCAAGGGAAAGUCCAGCAACUGGCAAAAGCAGAGAACGGUUUCUUGGAUGUUAGUGAAGGGGCAGCUAGCCAGUGACCAGCCUUCUUCAUUGCAUGACAUCUGGAAAGUAAAGUCACAGCACGAGUUUAUAAAUGUUAGAAGAGAAGAGGGUGUGUGUCUGACUGAGAACUGGACUUGGAUUUUGUAGAGCACGGGAAAUAUCACUGAAUGCAAGAAAAGGAUGGCUCACACUCUUCUAAUGCGGUAUGCUUUAGCGCUAAUGGCUAUUUUGGGGCACCUUUACCCUUGCAAUGCUUCAUUUGAAGGCAGCGCUAUUCACUUGGAAGCUGAAGGUAGCACGUCAACCACCAACAUACAGGACUUCAAUGCUAUAGUCGUGCAGCAGCCAUCCAUUCCCACAAGGCUGAUUCCAGUAUCACAGAGAUGUCAACCUGGAUUUUACUAUUCAGUUUCUGGAGAAUGUUUACCGUGUGCAUGCAAUGGAAACUCACACACAUGUCUGGAUGGUUCUGGGUCCUGUAUGGACUGUCAAAGAAAUACGACAGGGAAGCAAUGCGAGCGAUGUCCAACUGGUUAUAUGGCUGAUGUGGUCCAAGGAGUUUUAAGAUCCUGCCUACAAUGUCCCUGCCCACUACAAUUUAGCUCCAACAACUUUGCUCUUACAUGUUCAAUUAAGAGAAGUUCUGUGCGCUGUAUUUGCAGGGAAAAUUUUGCUGGACCUAAAUGUGAAAGGUGUGCACCAGGCUAUUAUGGAAAUCCUCUACUCAGAGGUGGCACAUGUAGAAAAUGUGACUGCAGCGGUAACUCGGAUCCUAACCUGAUAUUUGAAGACUGCAAUGUGGUGACAGGACAGUGUAACAGCUGUUUUGCCAACACCACUGGCUAUCACUGUGAGCACUGUGCAUCAGGAUAUUAUGGGGAUGCUAGAGUGGCCAAAAACUGCACAGAGUGCCGCUGUUCAAAGUGUGGGACAGAAUUCUGCAAUGAUGUAACAGGGAGAUGUCAUUGCAAGCCGGGCGUCACUGGAACUGCCUGCGAUCGUUGUGAAAUCGGGCACUAUGGUUAUGACAGUUGCUUGGGCUGUCAGAAGUGUGAGUGUGGUGCAGCAUCCAUGGAUAAUUACUGUGAACCCAGAACUCAACAGUGCAGAUGUAGACCUGGUGCAGCUGGCCUGAAAUGUGAGAGAUGCCAGUCUGGAUACUGGAAUUACAGGCCAUAUGGUUGUCAGAAAUGUAACUGUGGUGGCGGUCCAUGUAACAAUAAAACAGGAGAGUGUUUAUUAGAGGACCCUGAAAAUCCAAGUGGAUCAGAUUGUUCAUUCAGUUGUGACAAAUGUGUAUGGGACCUGAUUGAUGACCUACGACUUAGUUCUUUACUAGUUAACCAAACUAGGUCAACGAUACAGAGCAUAUCCACUGGAGUUGCAGUUAAUAAAAUUCUUAAUGAUAUUAAUUCCACCGUCUUUCUCCUCACGGAAAGUCUAGAAGAAAAGAAGAACCACUCAUUGUUUGCAGAUCUCCAGAUUGAUAAUAUAGAAAUAGACGUGGACAGUCUUCAGGCAGAUGUCAAUAAUAUUGCGCAGAAGGGAAAUUUGGCAGAGAUGGAAGGCCAGAAAAUACAAAAAGAAACCUUGGAAACUUUGAGGCGUGCAAAAUUGACGGGAGAACAAGUUAGUGAUAUACAGGAUGGCAUCCAAGAUACAAUUCGAAAACUACAACAUUAUGAAUCCCUUCAGGGGGAUGUGAGCCCAUCAGAUCGUAUUAAAAACAUGAAGCAAGCAGAAAUAAUGCUCAAGGACCUUGUGCUCUUAAACUUUAACCUGCAACGUGUACUGGUCCAGGAGGAGGCAGGAAAUGCAGAAUACCUUUUAAUUGAGGUCAAAGAGGACUGGUUGCAGAUGUACAACAACACGCAAUCUCUGUUUCCUAUUGUGCUGGAGCCUAUCACUGACUAUAAUAACAAACUCAGUGACAUUGAAGAGGCCAUAAAGGAAGCUCGUGAGCACGUCAUGCAAGCAACAGAUAAAAACACGGAAAACAGUGUCACGCUCCAUAUGCAUAAUGCACAGACAGAAAAUGUGAAAGAAACAGAAACAUCUGUGAAUAAUGCACUGACAGAGGGCUGGACAACCCUGAAUGACACCCACAGUAUCAUUGCCAAUAUAAACGAUGUGAUCAAGAACUUUUCUGGUCAUCAUGCUGAAAUAGAUGGAGCUAAUAAUACUCUGCAACAUAAAAUAGCUAAUUUAUCCCGCAAUGUUGAAGAUAUAGUUCAGCAGGCCCAGAUCCAUGCACUUAAUCUUCAAAGACAAGCAGAUGGGCUAACCAGUGAUUUAAAGAAUAUUGACACAAAUGGACUGGUACAAAAAGCAUUUGACGCAUCCAAUGUCUAUGAGAAGAUUGUAACUUUGGUUGAAGAUGCUAAUGAGACAUCUGUUAUAGCUUUGAACACUGCUGAAAGAGUUAAUGAUGCUGUAGAUGGUAUCGAUAACCAGAUACGUUAUCAGAAAGUUGAGAGUGACCGACUCUUAACUCAAGCUAAAGACCUGCGGGAGUCUUUAGAUAUCACUGAGACCAAACAACGUGUUGAUGCCGGUGUUUCCAGAAAAAUUGCCUUAAAUGAAAGAUUGGCAAAUAUUAUUGCUCAACUUCAAGUAACGGAGGAGGAUAACACAAGAAAGCGCCUAGAAAUGUCAAAACUUACAGCAGAGAAAGCUCUAAACAUCAGUGCCACGGUAUCCGAGGUUACUAAUCCAAUGUCAGAAAACGCAAACAUGUGGGCAGAAAACUUAAGUAAUUCGGAUUUUGAUGCCUCUGCUUAUAACUCUGUUGUAAACUCAGCUGGAGAAACAGUGAAGAACCUAACGGAAGUUAUGCCCUUGCUCCUGAAUAAACUGCAUACUGUUGAACACAAGUUUCCUUCAAACAACAUCUCAUCCAGCAUUCACCGCAUCCGUGAGCUCAUUGCACAGACGAGGAGUAUAGCUAGUAAGGUUCAAGUAUCAAUGAAGUUUGGAGGCAAAUCUGCAGUCAAUGUGAAUCUGAAAACAAAUCUAUCUGAUCUAAAGGCUUACUCAUCCAUCAGCUUGUACAUUAAUCCAGAUGCACAUCAACAACAGCCGCAAGACAGAUUCAUCAUGUACUUGGGACAUAAAAAUGCCAAAUCAGACUACAUUGGUCUCGCAAUUAAGCGCAAUAAUCUAGUAUAUGUGUACAACCUGGGAAGUGGAGAUGUGGAGAUUCCUCUGGACUCUAAACCUGUCAGUACAUGGCCAGGAUAUUUUAGUCUUGUGAAAAUAGAAAGAUUGGGACGACACGGCAAAGUACUUUUGACUGUACCUAGUCAGAGCAGUACAGCAGAGGAAAAGUUCAUCAAGAAGGACGAAGCUCCUGGGAGUGAUUCUCUGCUUAAUCUGGACCCUUUGAAUACUGUGUUCUUUGUUGGGGGAGUGCCUAAAGGAUUUAAGAUCCCGGACAGUUUAAACCUACCCGGCUUUGUUGGCUGUCUGGAGCUCGCCACUGUAAAUAAUGAUGUUGUCAGCUUGUACAAUUUCCAGAACAUAUAUAACAUAAAUACAAUCACAGCGCCACCUUGUGUCAGAAAUAAAUUGGCUUUCACCCAGAGCCGUGCUGCCAGUUACUUCUUUGAUGGUUCUGGCUAUGCCGUAGUACGCAAUAUUGAAAGGAGAGGACGCUUUACACAAGUCACCCGCUUUGACAUUGAAGUUCGAACACCUGUAGAUAAUGCGCUUAUUUUCCUAAUGGUUAAUGGAACUAAAUUCUUUAGCCUAGAAAUUCAAGAUGGCUACCUAAGGCUGACGUAUGACUUCGGCUUCGGUAAAGGUCCUGUGCUUCUUGAUGACUCAAUGAAAAAAGCCCAGAUCAAUGAUGCAAGAUAUCAUGAGAUAUCUGUCAUUUAUCACAAUUCUAAGAAGAUGAUCUUGGUGGUUGACAGAAAACAUGUAAAGAGUGUUGACAACGAUAAGACUUCAGUUCCAUUCACUGACAUUUACAUAGGUGGUGCUCCUUCACACGUUCUGCAGAGUAUGAGGACUCACCUGGCUGCAGACAUUGCCUAUCGAGGAUGCAUGAAAAGUUUCCAGUUCCAGAAAAAAGAUUUCAAUCUCUUAGAAGAACCAGAAACCAUUGGUAUUAGUUAUGGCUGCCCUGAGGAGUCACUUAUGUCUCGCAGAGCGUAUUUUAAUGGACAAAGCUAUAUUGCAUCCAAUCAGAAGUUGGCGCCCUUUGAUGCUUAUGAAGGGGGUUUUAGCUUUACAACAUUACAGCCAAGUGGACUGUUGCUCUAUCACUCUGAAGGGGCUGAUGUGUUUUCAGUUUCCAUUGAUAAAGGUUUUGUAGUCUUAACCAUAAAAGACAUAAAGGUCCAGUCGAAAAACAUGCACUACAACGAUGGUAAUAGUCACUACAUUGUUGCAACAGUUUCACCAACCAGGUAUCAUCUGCUGGUGGAUGAGUCAGAUAUAAAUUUUCAGGACAUGGAUAAAAAAGACAUAUACCCUCCAGCGACAAGAAAGUUCUUCUUUGGAGGCUCUCCUAGUAGUGUAUCACAAGCUAAUUUUACAGGAUGCAUCAGUAAUGCUUACUUCACCAGAAUUGACAGAGAUGUGGAAGUUGAAGACUUUCAGAAAUACACAGAAAAGGUCCAAGCAUCUUUGCAUGGGUGCCCUGUUGAAACACCCCCAAUUGCUUUAAUCCAUAAACGUGGUAAAAACUCUUCUAAAGCCAAAGGAAAACAAAAAAAUAGAGUUGGAAAACAUAAAGCAAAAUCCUCACAGAGAAUAGUUGGGGCUAUACAAACAGAUGAUAACACAGAAGGUGUCUCACAGUGUUCAUCAUCUAGCACACCAAGAACAGUCAGAAAUGCCUAUCUCUAUGGUGGAACUGCAAGAAGUCGCCAUGAAUUCCAACACAUUCCUAAACAAUUCAACCAAAAAUCUGAAUUGUCUUUCCGCUUGAGAACACUUUCAUCCCAUGGAAUGGUCUUCUAUGCAUCAGAUGAAGAAGAAAGGAACUUUCUAACGCUUUUCCUUGCUGAUGGCCAGCUACACUUUAUGUUUAACAUUGGCCAACAAAAUCUGACAAUUACAAGCCAGGAAAAGUACAAUGAUGGUGUAUGGCACACUGUUAUAUGUGUCCGUGACAAUAACAAGGGAAAAUUAAUAAUUGAUGGGCUACGAGUGCUUGAAGACAGUCUUCCUGCCAGCGAUGCUACAUGGAGUGUGGAUGCACCGCUUUAUGUAGGAGGUGUGGCCCCUGAGAAAGCUGUCAAGAAUGUUCAGAUCAGUUCAGUGCACAGUUUCAAUGGCUGUCUUGGAGACCUGCAGCUCAAUGGACACUCUGUAGCCUCACCAUCCCAGACAUUUAGCGUGACACCUUGUUUUGAUGGCCCCAUGGAAUCUGGAUCCUAUAUCUCAUCAGAAGGAGGAUAUGUCAUUCUAGCGGAAUCCUUCCAUAGCGGAGCAGAGCUUGAGUUUGUAAUAGAAGUGCGCCCUCGCAGUAGUUCUGGAAUUUUGUUUCACAUCCAAAAUGUGAAUGGGGACUACCUAAAUAUGCACAUAAAAGAUGGACAGGCUGUAGUGAAAGUGAAAUUUGGCAAAAAGGAGUUCUCUACAAGUGUUGUACCAAAGCAAAGCCUCUGUGAUGGCCAGUGGCACAGAAUUGCAGUCAUAAGGAAGGCCAAUGUGGUGCAACUGGAUGUGGACUCUGAAGUAAACCAUGUGGUUGGCCCUCUAAACAAAAAGCUUGUCAUCCUUAAAGAACCUGUGUUUGUUGGAGGAGUGCCAGAGUCUUUGCUUGCUCCAAGUCUGACUACAAGAACUUCAUUCACAGGUUGCAUCCGCAACUUUGUGAUUGACAAGCGGCCAGUGAGCUUCAGUAAAGCAUCCCUUGUCAGUGGGGCUGUCAGCGUCAAUACCUGCCCUUCGUUCUAACAUUCAAUAUGUGCAAUAAAAGUUUGUAAUAAAUCUGUUUACUUUA